AUGGGUGAAGAGAAUGCGCAAACUACUAUACCUCCUUCUGUUACAACUUCGUUAUCAACCCCUUCGCAAUCUGUUGUUUCAGAAAGCGAUACAGAAGGGGUAGAAACAACACCAGGACAAAUUGAAAGCAUAGUUACAACAAUAAUAGACCAAACUACAGCAGCUAUCGAAGAAGCGACAGUCGCAGGUCAGUGCAUUCGUGAACUAGUUACUAAACAAGUCACAACUGGAUUUACGAAAAGGGAAAAUUAA